AUGGGCCAUCUUGAUCGACUUGAACUCGAAAACUUCAAAUCGUACAAGGGACAACAGACUAUAGGUCCUUUUUACAACUUUACAUCGGUAAUUGGUCCUAACGGAGCAGGAAAGUCAAAUCUUAUGGAUGCCAUAUCUUUUGUCUUAGGAAUAAAGUCUGCUCAAUUACGAUCAACUCAACUUAAAGAUUUAAUUUAUCGAGGCCGAGCUAUGCAAGAUGAUGAUGAGGAAUUCCCUGAUAUAACGGCUAUUGAGGGACGUACUAAUAACCCGAAGCGAGCAUGGGUUAUGGCUGUAUAUAAGGAUGAUAAUGGAAAUGAAAUAAAAUUUACAAGGAGUGAAUAUAAAAUAAAUAAUAAAGUUGUUACUUAUGCAAAAUACAAUUCUACUUUGGAACAACAAAAUAUUUUAGUAAAGGCGCGAAAUUUCUUAGUCUUCCAGGGUGAUGUCGAGGCUAUUGCAUCUCAAUCUCCUAAAGACCUAACCAGACUGAUCGAACAAAUCAGUGGGUCAUUGGAAUUGAAAUCCGAAUAUGAGCAAUUAAAAGUUCAGCAAGAACGAGCAACGGAAAAUUCUACAUUUAAUUUCAAUAAAAAACGUGGCAUUAACUCUGAAAUACAGGAAUACCAAAGGCAGAAAGCUCAAGCGCAGCAAUUUGAGAAAUUGCUAGCCGAAAAAACACAAAUUCUAGUCGACUAUCUUCUUUGGAAAUUAUUUCAUAUACAACAAAAUAUACAAGAAUACAAAGAAGAGAUUAACGGACAUAAUGAUGUUAUAAGAAGGAGGCAAAGGGAGCAAAGACAAUUUGAUUCAGAAUUAAAGAAGGCUAGGAUGGAACAAUCAGCAGUGCAUAAAAAAUAUUAUCAAAUAGAAAAUGCCAUUAAAUCUAAAGAAAAAGAAUUGGAGGAAAAGCGUCCAGCUUUACUUACCGUGGAGGAAAAAAUAUUUCAUGCCAGAAGAAAGUUGACUCAGUAUGAACAAGAUGCGGAGAGAGUUCGAAAAGAUUUUGACCGUCAAACGAAUCAUGUUGUAGAAUUGCAAUCAGAACUAGAUAUAGUUACUAGAGCUGCAGAGCAAUAUGAAGCUUCUUUACAGGCUGGAGGUGGCAGUAAUAAAAGACUUAGUACUGAAGACAUGGCUGAAUAUAGUAGAAAGUAUAGUUUUUGUACGAUGGGUAUUUGGAGGGAAGAGGCCAAUAAGAAGAGUGUAAACGAAAAACAGCAAUUAGAGAAUGUUAGACGACAAGAAAAAACGUGUCGCGAAUCAACUCACCGAUUAAGGGAAAAGAUGGAGGAUUUAGAUAGACGUCGUAAACAAUUAGAGGAAGAAAAAUUGGCAGUUUCUGACCAAAAAGAAAAGAUUGGUUCAUAUGUAACGCAAUUACAUAUGGAUCUUGAAGCUGCCAAGAAAGAACUUGAAGCUGCUGUUUCCGAAAGGAAUUCUAUAAAUCAGCUAGAAACUCAAUACAAUCGAGAGUUACAAGAAACACUAAAUAAACUCACUGUUGCUAGUGUGGACCAAAGAGAAUCAGAACGAGAACAAAAGAUGAAGGAGUGUUUAGAAAGUUUGAAAAGAGUCUUUUCGGGUGUUCAUGGACGUCUUUUGGAUUUAUUCACGCCUAGUCAACGUAAAUAUGCUGUACCAGUAUCUAUAAUUCUUGGCAGAAAUAUGGAUGCGAUUAUUGUUGAUCAACAGAAAACUGCUAUUGAAUGCAUACAGUAUAUACGUGAACAACGCCUUGGUCACGCAACCUUUAUUCCUCUCGACUCAAUUGUUGUUAAACCAAUAAAUGAUAAAUACCGAAGUUUCAUGAAAGGGGCUAGAUUAGCAAUCGAUGUCAUUACUUAUAAUGAUAAGCUAGAAAAAGCAUUUCAAUAUGCUUGUGGGAACACACUAGUUUGUGAUACUUUGGAAAUUGCUAAAUAUAUUUGUUACGAAAAAAAUCAACAGGUUAAAGCUGUUACACUUGAUGGUACGAUAAUUCAUAAGAGUGGUUUGGUCACUGGUGGACAUAGUGAAGACAUUAUAACCGGUGCAAAGAGAGUAGCAGAAAAGAGACGCGCAGAAAAUAUCGAUGAAUUAAGGCGUCAAAGAGAUGAUCUUUUGUCUAAAUUGAAUAAUUUAAGCAAAUCUAAACGAAGAGGCAACUUUGAAGAACAAAAGAAAAGUGAAAUAUCUGGAUUAGAUUCUAGUGCAAUUACGCGAAAACUUGAAGCAAUCAAUAACGAAUUGAAUUUUAUUGCUAAUGAAACUAAUGGAAUACAACCAAGAUGGCAAAAGGCUCAUUCAGAUUUAACGAAUUUUGAAAACCAAAUUGCACAAUCAGAAAUUACAAUACAUAGGAUUGAAGAUACUAUUUUUAAAGACUUUUGUAUGAAAAUUCAAGUAGCAAAUAUUCGUGAAUAUGAACAACGACAACUUAAGCUUGCUCAAGAAAUGGCUGAAAAAAAAUUAAAGUUCACAACUUUAAAAUCGAGGCUUCAAAAUCAAUUGAAGUUUGAAUCAGAGCAAAGGAAAGAGGCCGAAGACCGGCUAAAUAAACUCGAAGCAGCGAUAGUAAAUGAUACUAAAAGGUUAACUCAACUUGAACGAGAAAAAGAACAAUUGUUGAGAGAUAAAAAACUUAUUUCUGAUCAAAUUUCUGAAAUGCAGGAUGCAUUAAAUGAAAUUAAGGAAUCUUUCGAUGAGAAAACUGUUGUCGUUAAUGAGGCAAAGAGAAAGCUUUCUCAAGUAACAAAAGAGAUUGAAAGAAUGAUGAAAGAAAUUGUAAACAAGGAAUCAGAUAUAGAAAAGCUAGAAGCAGAUCAAUUUUCUAUCUUCCCUGAACCAAGUUCCACUGGUUGGAAUGUUCAAGUUGAUUAUAAUUCAUUGAUUGAUGAUCUUAAGGAGAAUGCCGGUAUUGACGUUGCAAAAGAGUUUGAAAAGAAACUGAAUGAAAAAUCUGCACAGAUGGAAGAAUUAUCUCCUAGUUUGAAAGCUAUUGAACGAUUGAAUGGUAUAGAACAACGUUUACAUGAUACAGAAAAAGAAUUUGAUAGCGCAAGAAGAGAUGCUAAAACGGCAAAAGAUAGAUUUAACUCUGUUAAGCAAACAAGAUGCAAACGGUUCCGGGCGGCUUAUGAUCAUAUCGAAAAAAAUAUUGAUCAAAUUUAUAAAGAUUUAACAAAAAGUCGCAGUUUUCCUUUGGGUGGUACAGCAUAUCUCAGUCUAGAAGAUAAUGAGGAACCAUAUUUAGAUGGGGUUAAAUAUCAUGCUAUGCCUCCAAUGAAACGUUUUAGAGAUAUGGAGCAAUUGUCUGGUGGUGAAAAAACCAUGGCCGCAUUAGCGUUGUUAUUUGCUAUACACAGUUAUCAGCCGUCACCUUUUUUUGUGCUUGAUGAAGUUGAUGCUGCACUUGAUAACACGAAUGUUGGCAAAAUUGCAAAUUAUAUUCGAGAACACGCUUCUGAUACGUUCCAGUUUAUUGUCAUCUCUCUCAAGAGUACAUUAUAUGAAAAGGCACAAGCCUUAGUUGGAAUUUAUCGAGAUCAGGAG